AUGCAGAGUCUCUUCAGAAUACUCUCAGCCAAGGCAAUAAUCAACAAGAAAAAGUUACUCCUAACCACAGCAGCAGCAACCAUCACAACCUCUGCCUAUUUCCUUCUCAACAACAACAACAAUCAAGUUAAAUUUGCUCCCAAUGAAGACAAUCAUGAUGUUGAUCAACAUCACCGAUCAGUAUUAGCUAAUAAUCUAAUUAUUCAAGCAGAAGAAAAAUCAUCACCAACUAAUAACUCUCCCUAUCAACCAAAGAAGAAAUUAGUAAUUCUUGGAAGUGGUUGGGCAUCAGUGGGUCUGAUUCAAUCCAUUGAUUUGGAUUUGUAUGAUGUUUAUGUAGUUAGUCCUAGGAAUUAUUUCCUUUUUACUCCAAUGCUUCCAGCAGCUCUUGCAGGAACUGUUUCCAUGCAAAGUAUUACAGAACCAAUCAGAAGUGUGAUUAAUAGAGUAAGAAAGGAUAAAUCUCUGAUUGAGUAUUAUGAAGCUGAAUGUUAUGAUGUUGAUUAUGAGAGGGGUGUGAUCAAAUGCAAGGAUAUUUCAAAUUAUGUAAUUCAUCAUCAGAAUGGAAGUGAUAUUGCUAAUGAUUUUGAAUUGAAAUAUGAUAAGUUGGUAAUUGCUGUUGGAAGUCAACCAAAUAGUUUUGGUGUGAAAGGUGUUGAUCAAUACAGUGUUCCAAUGAAACAACCAGAACACGCAGUCAAGAUUAGAGAGAAACUUUUGGAUGUUUUGGAAUCAGCUUGCAUGCCAAACUUGACAGAUGAAGAAAGACAAAAGGCACUCAGUGUAGUUGUUGUGGGAGGAGGACAUGCUGGAAUUGAGACACUUGGUUACUUGGUUGACUUUGUAAAGGAAGAUAUUUCCAAAUUAUUUCCAAAGGAUAUUGUUGAAAAACUCAAGAUUACAGUUAUUCAUAGCUCAGAUCAUAUUUUAAAUACCUAUGAUUGUAAAAUUAGUGAAAUGUGCGAAAAGGAAUUUAUAUUCAAUAAUGUUGAUUUGAAAACUAAUGCAAGAGUUGUGGAAGUGAGAGAAAAUGAUCUAGUUGUCGUAUUUAAGGAUCAACAAAAGAAGAGUGAACCAGUAUCAUUACCUUUUGGAGUUUGUAUCUGGACGACUGGUGUUGCUCAAGUUCCACUUGUUAAAAAAUUGGCAGAAAAUAUUUACAAGCAAAAGAAUGAAAAAUCACUCGUUGUUGAUGCUCAUUUACAAGUUGUUGGAUUGAAUAAUGUUUAUGCUAUUGGAGAUUGUUCUAAAAUUGACCAACCUAAACUUGUUCAAAAAUACGAGUCAUUCUUUGAACAAGCUGAUAUCAAUAAGGAUGGAGUUAUAUCAUUUACAGAAAUGGAAUCAUUAAUCAAGGCAAAAGAAAAGGAAUAUCCAAACUUUGCCACAAUCAAUCAAAAACUCAAAAAGCUUUUCACACAAGCAGAUGUGAAUGGAGAUAAUGUUCUUUCCAAAGAUGAAUUCAAAUCUCUCAUCCAAAGAAUUGACAAUGAAUACUAUGCUCCACUACCACAAACAGCACAAGUCGCCUCCAAGCAAGGAAGUUAUCUUGGCAAUUGCCUUAAUGACAUUGAAAAGGGAAUUACCUAUGUACCACCAUUUACUUAUAAGAAUUUGGGCUCAUUCGCCUACAUUGGCAACAACCAUGCAGUUGCUGACCUUUCUGGAACUACCGUAACCAGUUGGCAAGCUUUCUAUUUAUACAGAGCUGCCUAUCUUUCCAAGCAAGUUUCUUGGAAGAAUAGAUUUUCACUCGCUUCUGAUUGGGUGAAAACAGCAAUCUUUGGCAGAGAUGUCAGCAGAUUCUAA